CUCGACCUUUCGACGAUGGGCUUCCAUUCCUCGCUCUAUAUCCGAGUCACAUAACAAAAGGCAAAUGCCUAGGCAACAAUUUAUAAUUGCGUUGCACUGAGCGCGAUUUCUUUGUUCUUGCACUUUGUCCUACAGGCUACCGAAUCGACGUAUGAUACGUGCUACGGUACAUAAGAUCGAUCCCAAACUAUGGAAAGUACGUUUCAAUCCCCUUCUCUCAUCGGUCCACCUAGUUUCUAUCGCGCACGGUCCCGCGACAUUCGAGCAGGCUCUCGCUACAUUCAUUUUUUUCAGCUCAAUACUUUUACGCAACUGCUUCAACCAUGCUAGCCGACAUUUCAAAAGGCACCAUCCUGUACUUCACCCCUGUGCUCAUGCUCACGGCACUCCUACUCUCGUUGUUUUCGUACCUUGCCCCGACUGUCAUGUUACAUAGCCAAGUCGCAUUGCUUACAGUGACACCUUCCUCUACCUUGACGCAGCCCGGAUCUACCAAAGCAGUGGAUGGUCCCAGCAUUUUCCUUGGACCUCUAGGAUCGUGCUCUCGACCAAACAACGAAGCUGGUCUGACGUGUAUGCCAUCUUCCAUAUCUCCCAUCUAUAACACUUCGGUGUUUACAUCUAACACCCCCAGUUCCGUCAUAUCGGCCCCACCUGCAGGUGCACCAACUUUCAUCGCAAUCUCCCUUGUAUUCUCCGUGACUUUCUUCGUCAUGUUCACGGCAAUAUCAUUCCGUCACUUGAUGGGUAAAGCUGGUGCUGUUUGGGAAAAACCCAUGGUGCAGCGAGUCUCCGCAUGGAUUGGGAUUUUUGCGUUCUUGAUUGGUCUCGGAUCUACUCUCAUCAUUUUUAUGUGGUUUGGGAAGGCCGCCGAUGACUUCAAUCAAAGUAUCCAGGGUCAAGGAAGCAAUGGUCCCCAACUGAUUGCCACUAUUGGCAACGCAUUCACGAUGAUUUGGGUGGCUUAUGCAUUCUUUGCCAUUCCUGUCGUUGUUUCAUUGGCUAAGUUUCACGUUCUUGCUACGAAGUGAUGAUGAAGAAGUUUAUUACCUUUACAUGGACAUAGAAGUCUUCCUUUCCGUGCUCUAUCCAAGAUGUAUACUUAUCCAUAGUUGUUCGCUAUUGCUGUAUCCAUAAUGGAAGUUGCUACCCGUGCCCUUGGUGAACUCAUCUAGUAGGUGAGGUAUAUCAUGUACUAGUUAAUCUAUCAGAGGGAAUCAAAUUUGAUAUGCAUCUUUCGCAAGAUUCA